UUAGAUAUGUAUAAGAAUAACUGAAGAAUAUUGUGUUGCUCGAUGAGAAAGAAGCAUUUUAAGAAGGAGCUUGAUGACGUAUAGUGCAUUGUACAUAUGGAUGAUUAUACAUGAGAUACAAUAAGGCGUGGACAUGGCAAAACAUACAUAACAACAUACUCAAAAAAUCAAUACAACCCGCCUUUCUGUAAGGCUCUCAGUAACCUCAAAACAUCUCUUCCUCUCUGAGACACAGAGAGAAAGAGAGCAAGUUAUCGUGCUGGAAUUCAGUUCAUCGAUACUGAAUACUUCAUCUAACGGAUUAAAAAACUGAAAUUAAUUGAGCUCUAAUAUCUGCUGUAUGACUAAGAAGACAUCACCAUGAGUAAAUCAAGAGACAGCAGCCCCACAUUCUUCCUGGAGACGGAUGACCAGACACAGGAGCAAAGGGAAAAGGCCAAACAGACGAAGAAAGGUCUCUUAAAGGACAAGAGGCCCAUGGAUUCUAAUUACCUGGAUGAGACAGAUGACCCUGCACACAAAAUUAAAUUUAACCUACACUUUGACAGGGGAAUCAGAAAAGUGAAAGAGGAACCGUCUCAGCAGGACAGUGAGAGGUUUACCCUCAAGAGGUUGUUUGAUGCCGUGUCCAGUGGUGAUGUGUCUAAACUGCAGGGUUUACAUCAGUACCUGCACAAAAACAUGAAACGGCUCACUGACUCUCAAUAUAAGUCCAAUGGAAAGACAGCCCUGCUGAAAGCACUUUUAAAUUUGAGGGAGGGCGAGAAUGACACUAUUGAACAUCUGCUGGAAAUAUCAGAGAAACUUGGAGAUUUAAAACAUUUUGUCAAUGCUGCUUACACAGACAGUUUCUACAAAGGUCAGACAGCACUCCAUGUUGCAAUUGAACGGAGGAGUGCAAAAUUUGUACAGAUGCUGGUUAAGAAAGGGGCUGAUGUCCACGCUAAAGCCUGUGGGAAAUUCUUUCAGCCCAAUCAAGAGACUUGUUUCUAUUUUGGUGAGCUGCCCUUGUCACUGGCCGCUUGCACUAAUCAGCCAGACAUUGUGGACUUCCUUCUGAACAACCCUUACCAGGCGGUGGAUGUCAGGAAGAGGGACUCUCAUGGAAACACAGUGCUUCAUGCAUUAGUAUCCAUAGCUGAUAACAGUCCUGAAAACACAGAGUUUGUCAUCUCCAUGUAUGACCACAUCUUAUUCAAAACUGACCAACUUCACCCCAAGAUCAAGCUGGAGGAAAUUGAAAAUAAUGAAGGAUUCAACCCACUCACACUUGCUGCCAAAACUGGAAAACUGGGGCUGUUAAAGCACAUCGUGCAGCGGGAGUUUAAGGGGCGGCGACAUCUGUCACGGAAGAUCACGGAGUGGGCCUACGGUCCAGUGUGCUCGUCUCUGUAUGACCUCGCCUCUCUCGACACCUACGACAACAACUCCGCGCUGGAGAUUAUUGUUUAUGGCAGUGAGAUUCCUAAUCGCCUCGAGAUGCUCCGUAUUGAGCCCUUCAACCGACUAAUUGAAGAGAAGUGGCAGAGAUUUGCGAAACGGAUGUUCAUGUUCAACUUUAUCGUUUAUGUUAUCUACCUUUUCAUCUUCACUGCAGUAGCUUUUAACCGAGAAGCAGGGAAGGACAUUAACAACAGCCAAUCAAUAAAGCCUCCAUAUCCUUAUAGAAAAGGUAGCGAAGGCUAUCUGCUUCUGACGGGACACAUCAUAACUACCAUUGGAGCACUUUACUUCUUUAUUAGAGGGUUAAUAGAUAUGUUAAGAAAGCGUCCAGGAUUUCAGUCCCUGUUCAUAGAUGGAUACACCGAUCAACUUUUUUUUCUGCAGGCUGUGCUCUUCCUGGCUGGUGCUCUACUGUACUGCUUUGGACAUGAUGGAUAUGUGGCCUGUCUAGUUUUGUGUCUUGCCUUGAGCUGGGUAAAUCUACUUUACUUUUCCAGAGGGUCCAAAAAUAUGGGAAUCUACAGUGUCAUGAUGCAAAAGAUGAUUCUUGGAGAAAUCCGUCGAUUCCUUGUCGUGUACUUGGUCUUCCUCAUUGGGUUCUCCGCAGCUGUGGUAACUCUCUUUGAUGAUCGACCUAGUAAGGGACGGUCUUUAUUCCUUCCUAUUAAUGGAAAUGAAAACUGUAAAAAGCCCACAUUUCAGGGCAUCUACUUCACCACUCUGGAGUUGUUCAAGUUUACGAUUGGCAUGGGAGAUCUGGAGUUCACCGAUCAAUAUCGAUACAUAGAGGUCUUCUAUGUGCUGCUGAUUCUGUAUAUAGUGAUGACUUACAUUUUGAUGCUGAACAUGCUGAUCGCUCUGAUGAAUCAAAGAGUGGAGGAGAUGUCCGUAGAGAGCACCAACAUCUGGAAACUACAGCGUGCAAUCACCACCUUGGACAUGGAGUGGAUACUUCCCCGCUGCCUGAAGACAAGGCUGCGCUCCGGGAAACAAAAGGACAUAGGCGGGGGGCAGGAGCCUGAUAUACGCUGGUGCUUUAGUGUGGACGAAGUCAACUGGAACCAAUGGAACAGAAACCUGGGUGUAAUUACCGAGGACCCUGGGAGACACCUGUCUGUACCUACCCCAACUAAACUUCAGAAAGAGUCCAGCCAGCGUGGACUCAUGCAAACGUUCAGUAAACGCUGGACACAGACACAACAACAUAGAGAUGUCCAGGAGCCUCUAGCUGAGGAAUCUACCUCUGUCUGAUGCUUUUAUAAUCCAUAAUCUAUUGCAAUCUGUUUUGCAAUUACCUUUUAUUCUAAAUGUAGGAAUAAUUACAUAUUAUGUCUUGUUAAAACUUGACUGUGGUUAAUUUAUGAAAACACAAAUAUUAUACACUUCAAGGGUCAUUGCUGUUAUGCAUCAUAUCAUUUGAACUGUAAUGUUUUAUAAAAUGAUUAUGCAUGUGUUGUAAUUUAUGAAAGCAUUUAUAUACCAUAUUAUACAUAGUUAAUUCUUUUUUUAUCGAGUUAGAGUUGCUAUAUUUUAAUAAUCUUUUUGAUUGAAAUUUUUAUAUCACACUAUAAUGUUUUUAGUUUGAUCAAACAGGAUGUUUUAGGCAUAAACAAUGUCAUAAAACUAAAUUUGUGUCAAACUGUCAUUUUGCAUGAAGGAAGUUUUUUUUUUUUUUUUGGUAACUAUUUUUAAUAAUAGUUGGUAAUUGUGCCUUACCUCAAACAUGAAAUUAUUAAAAAAUAAUCUAAUAUUCACUCAGUGUUCACUUAAUUGUGAUAAAACAACAUAUUGUUUCCAUAUUUAAAAUAUGGAUAUUAAAAUUUUUUUUUAACAAUUCGUACGUAUUACAUUAACACUUAAAAUCUAAAACAAAAGUACCCUGAAUAUGCUACACAUUUAUUUUUAAACAAUUAAAACAGUAAAAACUCAAUAACAUUUAAUGUCUCUUCGGUCAUUUAAAUGUUUCUAUAUACGGUUAAGACAUAAAAAUCACGACUGCAUAAUCACACCUGUUGUACGUAAAACUGUACACAGUUUGAAUGUUGGCUAUAUAUAGACCAAUUUUAUUUCAGAACAUUUAUGUUCUCAGCGAUUCUGACUGACUGGAAUCAUGAUAUAUUCAGUUCACUUUUAUUAUUUUAAGGACAACGUGCAACGUGUUUGUAUAUAUCGCCCUCUUGUGGUGUCGCGCGCUGCUGCUGGUGACUGAUGUGGCACAAGCCGCACAACGUAGCCUACUGUAGUCCUCCAACCAAUAAACAUCACAGGAUGAUGCAAAUAACGUCAGUAUACUUAUUGCCACUAUAAUUAAAUGCGUCCACAAAUGGCAUUCGUUACCUAUUUUACUGGCCAAUAAGGCAACGUUCAUUUAAGUUCAGUGAUAGAUGGGUUAUAUCCUCCGACUAUUACCACUGCAGAGCUGAAAUGGUGUGACCCUAGAUAGCAAAUGUCCUGCUGUUCUAUUAUUUAUAAAAAAAAAAAUUAUAUCCACACCAGACGCAUUAAAUGCUGCGACCUGAAUAUUUUGCGUCACUUCCGGCGCUGUAUCCCUUUGAUAUAUAGAUCCAUUGAAUAAAAUAAGCUGCAAUCUUGCGUUACUGAGACAUGGGGAAAAGAGCCCCCACUCGGACUUGGAGCUGUUUUCCCUCUAAAUGUGUACUUUCUAGUUCUGAAUAAGAACUCCCUUUCUUUUAAAUUAUGAGAUGAGGUUCUCUAAGAAUUACCUCCAGGGUUUUCAUCUCAUCAGUUGACAUUUUAACAUAAUUAUUCAAUUAAACUGCACACAGAUGUAUCUUCAGAAACUACCGAAUGUUUUACUCAAUAUAGUAAUUCUUAAUGCAUGUAUAAGCUUUGUAAAGUUGUUGUGAACAAUUUAUUUUGUGAAGUGAUAUACAAAUAAAUUCCUUGUUGGUUUGCUUUACCUGAA